UCAGUAUUGUGUGCUCAAGUGUGAGCACUACGCUUUAGCUUCAGUGAGAUUCUUGUAGUUGAGUGGGCCCUGUGGGGCUUCUUGACAAGGUGUGGGAUUACACUGCACUGAGCAGUGAGGGUCUGGAGCCAUAGCUUCUGAAGAAGUGCUUGGCUCUGAGCUGAAGAUAGGGAAGGUGGGGUAGGGAAGAAGUCGUGGGUUGCUCACAAUAUGUUUGGGAGCCUGGGGUCUUUCUCCAAAAAGCAUUUCAGGAGGUCUAGAGCUAACUGCUUAAGGGUUGAAAGUGAGGAAUAUUUGAGGCUGGAAGGGACCCCUGAAUGCCAGCUGAGAACUGGAUCAGGUUGCUUAUUGCUAUAUCUGGUUGACUUUUCUAUGAACAAACAAGUGUGUCCUGCAAACCCACUACAGAGAUGGAGAGCGUGGAGGCACAGGAUGUACAAAGAAAGGCAAGAACUGGAUCAUUUUGCCUGGUGAAAUGGUCAAGAUUUGAUGUGACAGCAUUUUUUCACUACUUAGUGGCUACAGAAAGUGGAGGCUCAGGUGUGCACGGAAGGAUGGGAAAUAACAAGAUAGGGAAAUUCUGACUAGAUAGAAAAAGAAAAAUUCACCAGCAGGAUAGGUAAGUGCUGAAAAAUGGACUUGUAGAGGAUGUGAGAAUAUUUUUGGGGAGAACAUAGAAUUAAGUGGACAUGUGGGAACAGUGUGGUACAGAGAUGGGACAUUAGGGGAUGGGUGGAUGAGUUACAGAGGCUAUGUGGGCAUGGGAGAUGCAGGUGUGUGGGAGAGGGGAACAUGGGGUCCGAGGGGAGGGGACAAGAGGAGAUUGGGGCACCAGAGGACAGCAGAGGGAGGGAUACUGUGACGCAGUCACAGCCAUGGCAGACUGUGUUCCUCUGGUGUGUGCUCUGUGUGGGCUGCUGGGGUCCUGGGUGUUUGUGGGGUGCUCUUGGGGGCACUUGAGGCUGAGCCAAGGGGCUGGUAUCCUGGAGCUGAGAUUCCUCCCCCCCCAGCUCUUUGGGAGUCAGUAGCACAGCACAGCUCUCAGAAGCACAGCAAGUGGUGGUGGACCUAUCUACCCCCCUAAUGGGAGUGGGGGAGUAGGCAAUUGUCUGUUUCCUACCUGAGGGUUUGGGAGGGGGCUCUUUCACCCUGUGCUCUGAAGAAGAUCAAGGUUUAGAGAGGGGCCUGAGGGGCCAGGGAUCCCCAGCAGGGGCGUGGGGUUUACAGAGCUGCUAUCAGCUUCAGCUGGCCCUGCUGCCUGUCCUCAGAGAAUUCAGUGACCACUGUCCCAGCCUGGGGACUCUGUGGUCUUGGACCUCCCUCUGCCUGAGCCUCUCCCAGCUCCUGUCUGGGGCCACGUGUUCUGUCCAGUCUAUAAUUACCCAGGCACAUUCCUAGGGGGUCACAGAAGUUCUGCAGAGCAGCAGCAGCAGGCGGUAAGGGGGACAAGUGCAUGGCACAGCAUAACAGGCCACAUUCUGUGCAGGGGCAUGGGAUACAGCAAGCGCUUCAUGGGGCUGCAGUGCAUGGCCUGAGCGAGGACAAGCAACACCGUAGGGGCAACGGGUGGCAGUAAUAUCAUGAUAGUCAGCACAUCUCUACAGUAUGCAGUGCAGGGGAGCAUGACAUGUAACAUUGCAGACAACUAACAGGGUAACGCAUCACAAUGUGUGACAGGCAGUGUGACACAUGACAGGCAGUGCACAGCAGGCACAGCCACACACCAAGCAGGUGUGUCAGGCACUUCACUGAGGGUCAGCGGCUUGGUUGCCUGUUGGGCUAUCAGUAGUUUCAGCUAUGGGGCAAUGGCUGAGGAAGGGCGUAGUUGGGUGUAUUAUAGGACUGAAGGUCUGAGUGGUGACAGUGGCCUGAGCCAUGUGGGGCAGCAGCACUGGCUAUGGGUCAGUAGCUUCAUGCUAAGGGUUCAGAGAUGAGACAGGUGAGAUCAGGUUCAGCUAUGGGGUAGUGAAAUUGGCUGUUGUUCUCACAUACAGAGCUGCAGUUUUGCCAAGAAGCGUCAAAUUUAGUAAUGGAACAGUAGCAAAGCAUGGUGGCCCUGGCAGCGGGGUAGAGGCUUUGGUGGUGGAUCCAGUGGCUUUGCCAUGUGACAGUGCCAGUAGCAAGACCCAUGUCCCCAGCCUGUACUCCUGCCAUGGGCCGGAGGCUCCAGCUGUGGAGACAGCUUCAUGACACCAUGCUCCACGUGUUUCCACAGGCAAGAUGUGGGUUGCAGAAGGGCCGGCCCCAGACCAGUGGAACCUGCGGGAUGGGGCUCAUGCUGGACACUUCCUGGCUGUGGCUGACCAUCUCCGCACCACAGGACAGCUGGUGGAUGUGGCCGUGGGCCCAGAGGGUGACAUGGUCCAUGCUGUGGUCCUGGCCUCCAUCAGCUCCUUCUUCCACCGUUUCCUGGAGGGCAGGACCAGACAACUCUGCCAAGAUCCUCUCCCCCAUGUCCCCCUGCCACCUGGGGCCACACUGUGGGGCUGGCGGGCUGUGCUCACCUUUGCCUAUGGGGGAAUUGUGCCCCAUGGCCAGGUGAAAGAGGUGGAGGAGGCUGCCCGGGCCCUGGGUGCCCCCCGGCUGGUGGCUGCCUGUGCCCUGCGUCUGGAGAUUGACCAUCAGGAAGAAGGUCCUAAGCCCCUGGAGGAGCAGUGGGAGACACUAAGAGCCAUGGAGCAGCUCCAUGCCAAUGGUGUGGGCUGUGACCUCCAGCUCCAGGCAGGGAACGAGGUCAUCCCAGUUCAGCGACUGGCCCUGAGCUGCUCCUGUGACUUCUUCCGGGCCCUUUUCACCUGCCCCAUGCGAGAAGCCACCCAUGACCCUGCUGACCCGCUGGUCACGGGGUUGUCCCCAGCCGAGCUGCGUCUCCUCCUCUCCUUUGCCUACACAGGAGCUGUAGCAGGGCCAUGGCCCAUGGUCUUGGACGCAGCUGAGACCUCCCUGCGCUACCAGGCCUGGGGGCUCCUCACUCUCUGCCUGGAUGUUUUCACCCAUGGCCUGACCCCAGAAACUGUCCCUGAUGUGCUGGCCUUUGCUGUGGCCUAUGGGUUGGAUGAGGUGGUCCAUGUAGCAGAGAACUACAUCUUGGCCACCUUUCCCUGUGUGGUGGUUACUCCGGCCUUCCUGGAUCUUCCUGCACACCUUCUCAUCCGCCUCCUCCGCUCUGAUGGUCUCAACGUCCUCCAUGAACUGGAAGCCUUGGAAGCAGCAUCUCGGUGGCUUAUGGCCAAUGGAGAUGGCCAGGAGGAUCUAGCCAAAGAGAUCCUGUCAUCUGUUCGCUUUGCCCUCAUGUCCACCCUGGAGCUGAAGAAGGUCCCAUCUGUGACUGCAGGGGUAGCUGACCCAAAAGUCCUUCGUGAGCUCAUGGUAGCAAGUUUCACCCCCAUGGCACAGCUACCGUGCCGGGUACGUUCCUUGCAAGAGGUAUUGGUGGUUUGUGGCGGAGACAAAGUAAAGGGCAACCUGACUGCCCGGAAGCCUAGCAGGCACCUCUGGUUUGCAGACCGCUACCUCAGUGCUGUGGGGCUGGUGAAGCAGGUUGAGUGGCGGGCACUGGGACACUUUCCUGAUGGCCCACGCUUCCGUCAUGCUGUAACUGUGGUGGGCAACAACCUCUACGUCCUGGGUGGAAAGCACUACUACGGGGUCCAUGACACCUUAGCCAGUGUCUACAGGUACCAGCCUAUGGAUGAUUCCUGGGAGCGUCUGGCCAGUAUGACAUGUGGACGGAGCUACUUUGCUGCUGUGGCACUUGGUAAUUUCAUCUAUGCCCUGGGGGGCAGCUCAGGGGAGCUCUACUGCACAGAUACUGUGGAGUGCUAUGACCUGGCCAAUGACACCUGGAGGAGGUGCCAGCCCCUGCCAAUGGCUCUGUGUGGGCAUGCUGCGUGUGCCCUGGAUGGUGAGCUCUACGUGUCGGGUGGGUGCGAUGAAGCAUACCAGUGUCAGGCAUCCUUGCUCCGCUAUGUCCCAGGUGCACCUGUCACAUUCCUGGCCCCCAUGAACGGCCACCGAGCUGGCCAUGUCAUGGAGGAGGCAGGUGGGCAGCUCUAUGUGGCUGGAGGCCUGUGUCAGCGGGCUGGGCAGACUGGCUACCGGGACCAGCUGACCUUUGAGGUCUACAGCCCCAAGCAGAACAUCUGGGUCCUCCUUAGCCCUCUCCCCCGUGCCCAUGUAGUUGGGGGUGCAGCUGUGCUGGGAGGGGAGCUGCUUGUACUGGGAGGGUACAGUCAUGAGACCUACCAGGACACACACUUGAUCCACGCCUACCAGCCAGGUACCCGGCGUUGGAUCACCCGAGGCACCUUGCCCCAUGCCUAUACUGACCUACAAGCCUGUGUUCUCACUGUACCCCCUGCCUUGCGUGCCCCCAGCUGCCUUAAGGACCCCUUGAGAUCAACUGAAACUCCCAUUAAUGCUUAGAAUAUACUCUCUGCACCCCAUGGGCUACGCAGGUAGCAUUCAUGGGUACCUCUAAGGGACAAAAGUGUUCAGAUCCCUCUCCCAGAGUGGGUUCCUGCUGUGGUUUCCAGCAACCCUUCACCCUCAGGAUACAUGACCUAGACUGUUCUGAACCUGUGGAACAUGGAGCCAAAGCUUCCCCACAUGUAGCUCUCUGCCUCCAGGAACACUCAAUCCCCUUGUCUGAGCUUUUCACUGGGAGCUAGGAAUCCCUCAAUUUCCCCCCACACCUGGGUUGAAUAAAAGUGCUUCCUGAAUUGUC